AUGGACAGCUUUGGGUUUGGAAUAUUAGGAGGAAUAUUUUCCGCCAAUCAGCCUCAGAACGACGAGCCUGAACCCGCUCCAAAGGCUGAAAGCAAAUACGAGGUGGCGAACGACUACACCCCUCCCGACGUCUCCGAGAUUACUCAGCCCAUCUUUCAGAAACAGCAGAAGCAGAGCAACGUCGAGACUCUGAUGCCGGUCGUGGUCGGAAAGGUGCUGUCGAACAUAAACGACCCGAACCAGAAGCUGCGGAUCUUCAACACGCCCGUGUUCGGGAUGUGCCUGCUCGGGAGGGUGAAGAAGCUCGAAAAGUUCGCCUCCAUGUUCCAGUUUGACCUGGAGGACGCCACUGGCGCCAUCAAGGUGCACUUUUCCAACGUCGCCCUGGAGCUGGACGAGGACGACUACGUGCAGGUCGUCGGCUCCCUCGUCCUCCUCAGCCUCGACAACUUUUACGUCGACUCUCAGCACCUGAGCAACUUCGGCAAGUACUCCGAGCAGGUUGAGCAGCGCAUCCGGUACCACAACGUGCUCGUGGCCCAGGCCGCGUACAACCUGGACGUCGCCGAGAAGCUCAGGCUUCAGAACAAGCACACUGGCAGGGUGACUGACCUGCCCGGCCCCUCCACCUCCAGGAAGUUCGAGGAGCUGCAGCUUGGUCCCGAGUACUCGCACGUCACUGACGAGGUCGAGAUUCUUGUGCUGAAGUACCUCAAGUCUACUGCCGACGGGAUCUCUAAAAAGUCAUCGCUGUUCCAGUCACUUUCUCACUCUUACCAAGAAUCUGACGUUGAUGCUGCCAUUCAAUCUCUCAUUGAGCAGUCUGAGCUUGCUUCCGUCAAGGACCACGUCUGCCUAGCUAUAUAG